CAAAAGAUGAGCAAUGUGCAUCCCUCCAGAUCAAACCAGAAACCUUCCAUUAUGCCAUGCAGGAUAGUCCAAACCAGGAGAAAACUACAUCGUCACCUGACAAGAAUACCCAUGUGACCACAUUGACCAAUAGCCUGAAUUCCCUGAACAAUAUGCAACUUCCUGUUUGUUUGACUGGUUCUAGUUCUACACAUUCAGCAAGUCCUUCUGGCGGCAUAGAUAAUGAGAAUCAACCUGACAUAACAGAUUGCUGUUCAAAUGCUGAUCAUACUUUGGUGAGUCAUCAGACUACAAGUUUUGCGCAGUUGGAAUCUGACUCAUUGUUGGUGAGUCAACAAGAAGUAGGUCAACACAAAAGUAAUGUCUUGGCAAACAAAACACAAGAUGAAUUCCUGCAAAAGCAGAUUGAACUGUUCAAUGAAAAGAAACGUCAACUUGCUAAGCUUCAGAUGCAGAUCCAAGAACAACUGUAUAAAGCUUCUGAUGUUGAACCAGUGUCCUCGCAUCAUGACGCGUUUAGUGUUGGACUUGUACAAAGUACGGCAGAGGAGCAAUCUGCGAACAGAAAUGAGAACAGACAAAAAGACUGUAAUACUUUAACUGAGCAAGUUGAUAAUCAACAUUUUAGCAGAAAUUUAAAUGUACUUAACCAGGAUUUUACAUAUAAAAGCGAUACUUUAACUCAGGGAAUCAAUGUUUCCAGGCAAGUGAAUUUAGAUUUGAAUUCAAAUGUUACUGUUUCAGAUGACACUUUUGAAAAUUUGCACAAUGUAAAUGUUAAAGAGAACCUGUCAGCCCCAUCCUUGCACCCGCCAGAUCAUUUCUCAGGAACACAAAAUGAAAUAGAAGUUUUCUGCACGCCAACACAGCAGAGAGUUAGGUUAGAGGAAGAAGAAAACAUUACACCAUACAUUCUUAAACCAAAAUCUAAUCUUAAAGAAGUAACAGAAACAGGUGAAGGCUGGAACCAACUGGAUGUUGGGUCUCAACUUCUUAAUUUAUCUGAUGAAAAUGAGAAAAUUGGUGUCCCAUUAUGGACACCACUUGCUAUGAAAACUGUUGCUAAGCAACAAGCAGUUGGAGAUAAUUUUGACAUUUUUAGUAUUGAAAACACAAAAAGAGAUAUAAAGUCAGAGACUGAUAUUAUUGCCAAAAGUGAAAUUGACAUAAGUGUAAUAAACAGUGAACAUAGUGGAGAUAGAGUAAAUGGGCUGGUCCCAAAUACGUCUAUUAUUGAAAGCAGUACAAAGUCUGGAGUGUGUGGUGAACAAUGUCCAAAAACCCCACCAAACAAGAGAUCAGCAUUUCGCAGCCUAAGUAGCUCAGGUUUAACUCCUGUUGUUGGCUCAUUAUCUCUAAGAGGUAAUACUGAUGUAAAGUUUGAGACGUGUAGAAUGCAUCAGUCGGAUAGUCUACAUAAUUGUGUUCUACGGGCUGCAAAUGAGCGUUAUCUAGAAGCAUUACUGGAUGAUGAGGUAUCAUUGUUUAUGUGUCGGCUUUCUCCCGGCAAUGGAUUAAAGAAAGGAAGAGAUUUUUGCCAUGAUCCUGUUGCUAGGAUACUUCUUGGUGGGGAUGAUAUGCAUUUCAUACCAAUUGAAAUGGAUUCCAGUGAUUUGAACAGUGUACAUAUUGACGGGUCAGCUUUCACCAAAUUUGCUACAAGGGCAACAUAGAUGCCUGACAUUGAGACUAGAAGCUGUAUGUGACUAUGUCAUGCUACUUUAAGGUCAAGGGCAGCAAAAAGGUCAAGGACGUCAACCAAAGAUCAUAUUUGCCAAUCUGGAGGAGGGAUAUUUUAGUAGAGAAUGAUUUCUCUAAGGUUCAUUAUUUGUGUAUGGUAGGAGAGAAAUAGUUUUAGCCAUAUAAAUAAAUAACCAUGUUCAUCAAAGUCUUUAAAAUAUGAUCAUAAAUGUUGAUUCAUAACUUAUUCUUGUCUAAAAGAUCUAUAAUUAUAUAUAUAUACAUAAAGUCAUAUCAUUUAUGUUAAAAUAUGUUUAAAUUUAUUCUCUGAUUCCAUUGUAGAGUGAAAUACUUCUCUGUAAGUUGUAAGGAAAAUUCAGUAUUUGUUCUUAGUUUUUCACCAGAGUUUUUUUUUUUGUGUUAACUUUUUUGUGUCUUCUUUUCUAUUAUAUGUGUAUAAGUGCAGUUUUUGUCACCUUCUGUAAUGUGCAAAGGAUUAAUAUACCUGGAGCUGACUUGAGGUUUGAAGUUUGAAACCAAAUUUUAGUUCAGUGACUUUCACAUCUUCAUUUUAUAUUAAGUAGUUUUAUUGUAUUUUAUUAAAACCACCUUAUGAUUUGGUUGUAUCAGUUCUAUUUUGAGUUAAGUAUUAGUUUAUAACAAUGAUUAUAUUUAUUGUUACUGUAUAUUUUGAUGAAAAUAUACUGGAGAAAUUACAUCAAGUUUGAAGUAAAUUUAAUGUUUUUGAUAUUUUAUGCCUCAAAGAGCAUAAGUGCCAUAACAUCAGUUAAUUUCUGCGAUAUAUGUGUAUGUCCAUACUUUGGUAUUUUAGAAAGCAAACAAAUUAUUUUGUCAUAGUAAAAAAAAGUUGAACACAGUAUAUAAAAAUAUAGAGUGGUUAUUUAAAAUCUCAUUUGUAAAAAAUUAAUCUGUAAACACAAACAGCAAAAAGGACUUUCUAUUGUCAUCAAUAUUUAGCCAAAUCUUAACAUUAUGUUAUUUUCCUAAAAUAUUGCGAGUUUUAAACUUGAGGCUAAGUAAAUUAAUGGGGGGGGGGGGGUAGUAGACGACAAAUCAUGUUUUUAUGACAAAAUUUUAUACAACUGCUCAAAAAAUAAUCUGCUAAAAUUAAAAAUUAAUCUCAGUUAAAAUUUGAAAAAUAUCUUACAGUAAAAUAUUGUUCAGUCACCUCAAACGAUUUUAGUAUUUUAAAACAUAUUACAGUCAAGUAUUGGCUUCUCACUUUUAAUGAUUUUAAAACAUAUUGCAGUAUAAUAUUUGGUCAGUCACCUUUAAUGAUUUAAGUAUUGAUUUACUUACAAAAUCUCUAAAAUUAACAAAGGACAUUACUGAGUUCAUAGCCAAGCAAGUUCAUUAAUCAAACAUGGGGGAAAAAGGUUUACAUCCUGGGGGAAGGUUUUGUCUGUCUGAUAUUGCAGAAAUUUGGUGGGAUAUUGUUUAUAAAUCUCAUCUAGGUGCAUUAAAUAUUAAAGUCGGUGUUAAAUAGAAUUUAUUGCAUGCUGCAAUGUCAUGUAUUCUCAGAUUUUCAUUUCAAUAAUUUAUCAAGGAUAAAACUUCUUUAAAAAGUUUACAUCAACAAAUUUUAGCACUUCAAAAUUUGGAGCAUUUUUGUUUUGUUCUACAAGGCUAUUAGAUAAAAACAUGAUUUCUUUUUAGUCAUUAUUUAGAAUAAUUUUGAAUUUAAAAUGUUAAAAAUCAUUAAGUAUUUUUUAAAAUAAAAGUUUCUGACUCUUAAUUAAUAUUGUGUUAACAUAUACGAGAAAAUGAAACUUUUUUUAUAAAGCUAUAAUGAAAAAAAAUAUUAAAACAGUAUAAAAUUAUGUUAUUUUCAUAAUCUUAUGGUUGAUUUGCGAAAAAGUUGAAUUACAUCUGUUAAUUAACAUACAUGAAUAAUUGUAUGUAAACAAAAUAUUAUGCUUUUAUUUUAAGUCUAAUUUUAACUGUUUAGCAAUGAUAAUGUGUAUAUUAAAGGAAUUUUACAAGCAUACUUAUUAAUUCAUAAAGGUAUUUUAGAAGUAUUCUUUUUCAAAAUUCAAUUAAUGAUUACAGCAAAUAAAUAGCUUUAUAUUAUGAUAGUAAUAUAUUCAUUGAAAAUUAUGCAUGUAGAGAAACAUG